GUUCUCAUUCGAGUGUGUGAGUUCACUGCUACCGAGAGAGAGAAAUAGAGAGAUGGCACUGAGAGCAGCCAUACUUCGCCACCUACGAGUCCCAGUCAAAACCCUAACCCUAACCGGACGGAAAUCGCAGCCAUGGGGUUCGUACGGUGCUUCCCUCCGGUUCCUCUCAUCGCACGGUGACGAUCAUCUCUCCAAAGACGAGGUCAUCGAAAGAGUCCUCUCCGUCAUCAAGAGCUUCCCCAAAGUCGAUCCCUCUCAGUUUAUCCUGCAUCUGCAGGUGACUCCUGAUGUACAUUUCCAGAAGGAUUUGGGCUUGGAUAGCUUGGACAAUGUGGAGAUUGUGAUGGCUCUUGAAGAGGAGUUCAAGCUGGAGAUUCCAGACAAAGAAGCCGAUAAGAUUGAUUCCUGUAAUCUUGCGAUUGAAUACAUCUAUAACCAUCCCAUGGCUGGUUAACUUAACAUUGGCAGUCUUUUCUCUUUUUUCUCAUUGAAUUACAUGUUGAACGGUAAUCUGAUCAGCCUUUGUUUUGUUUACUCAGUUGGGUAUUAGUAGAAGUGAUCCCCAAAUUUUGGUGGAAAAUAAUUUGAAUCUGUUUGAAAAAGAGUGGCCUUUUCAGAACAUGGCUUUGUGAUGCUUCUACUUUAAAACAUUAACAGUUUAUUUUUUA